AACGAUUAAUUUUAAACUUUUCAAAUAUGAAAAAAUCUUCAAAUUGGGAAGUUUUCAAGUUAUUAAUGUGGAAGAAUUACUUGCUUCAAAUCAGGAAGCCAUGGAGUACUUUGUUUGAAUUCAUUAUGCCAUUUUUUUGCUGUCUUUUACUUAUUUAUCUUCGAUCACAAAUUCAAUCUAAAGUUUACAGCAAUAGUAUUAAAUUUUCACCGCUUUCGCCAGACAAUUAUUCUUUAUUUAUAAACUUUAUCAACCAUAGUGAAAACAGCAACUUUAACAUUUUCAGCAAUGAUUCAAUUAACAAAUUAAAAAAUCAUUUUAAAAUUGUUCCAGAAGUAUUAUACUCGCCACAAAAUGAAAUUAUUGAUGAAAUUUUAUCGCAAGUUGAAGAUGAAAUUUUAUUACUUGGGGCAAAAAUUACAGCAGUAAAUAAUUCCAAUGAAUUAGAAUUAAAAAUGAUGGCAGCUAAUUGUUUGGUUGGAAUUGAGUUUCCUGAUGAAUAUAUGAACCUUAAAUCAGUGCCAUCAGUAUUGAAUUAUAACAUCAGAUUACCUGGCGAACAUCGAAGUGCAAAAACUUUAGAUAUAAUUAAUGAUAAUUGGCAAACAAAACAUCGCUUUACUUUAUUUCCUCUAACAAGUCAUCGAACAAACAAGAGUGAUGAUGGAUCUCCAGUGAGAUAUUAUGACGAAGGAUUUUUACUAGUACAAAGUUUGAUUUUUGAAGGUUUUAUGAAAAGUAUUAAUAAAAGCUCAAUUGGAAAUACUCCCAGGAUUUAUAUACAGAAAUUUCCCUAUCCAAAAGGAAUCGAGGAAAAAUUUAUUCCAAGUUUAAAACUGAUCUUGCCAAUGCUUAUAACUUUUUGUUUCAUCUAUCCUAGUAUUAACAUUGUUAAAUACAUUGUCGUCGAGAAGGAGACUAAAUUGAAAAAAAUUAUGAGGAUUAUGGGAGUCAGUUCGAAUCUCCAUUGCUUCACGUGGUUCGUCAAAAGUUUCAUCUACUACUUUUUAAUCACACUUUUAGUUCUUACCCUUUUGACAGUCAAUUGGAAUGGAAAUGGAACAAGUGUUCUUGCUAAAUCAUCAAUUUCAGUUCUUUAUGUUUUCGUUAUGAUAUAUUGCAUAGUUGCAAUUUUUUUUGCAUUUAUGAUUUCGUCUUUGUUUCAAAAAUCCAGCAUUGCAACAGCUGUGGCUGCAUUUUUGUGGAUUUUACAAAUUACACCAUAUGUAGCAAACAGUGAAGAUAAUGCGUAUGAAGAAGUAUCAAAAGUUAAGAAAGUUAUUAUGUCGUUAUUGCAAAACUACGCAAUGUCAAUUGGGAUGAGAAUUAUUGCUACUAAGGAGAUGCAUGAAGGUGUCCAAUGGAAUAAUUUGUUUCAAAAGUUUAAUGACAAUAUUAGUUUUGGUGAAAUUAUGAUUAUGAUGAUUGCUUGUGGAGUAUGGAAGAUUUUUGUGAUUAUUGGAAUUAAAUACAUUAGAAAUUUGAUAAAAUUAAAAAAAUCUAAGGAAACGGAAUGUGCUGCUGAAAUAGAUGCAAACAAAUCAGAAGCAAAUAAAAUGUUCUUAAAGAUUCAAAAUUUAACAAAAUUCUACCCAAACUCAUCAAAACCAGCUGUCAAAAAUUUAAAUUUGUCCUUACAUCAAGAUCAAAUUACCAUUCUGUUGGGCAUCAAUGGAGCUGGAAAAUCAACAACAAUGGCAAUGCUCUGCGGUGAAAUCAAACCAACAUCUGGAACUGUUUUUAUUGAAGGAAAUAAUUCAUUAAAAUCUGGCAAAAUACGUCACAAAUCGACAGGUAUUUCAUUUCAAGAGAAUGUCCUUUUUAACAAUCUAACCGUCUAUGAACAUUUAUUGCUGUUUGGAAGAUUAAAAGAAAAUUCAAAAACUGAAGCUGAAAAAGAGGCACAAAAAUUUAUGACAAUUUUAAAUCUUCAUGCUAAUGAUUUUGCAUGUAACCUUAGUGGUGGGAUGAAAAGAAAGCUUUGUUUAGCAAUCGCAUUAUGUGCUGACUCAAAGUUUGUAAUUCUAGAUGAAAUCACUAGUGGAGUUGAUCCAACAUCGCGUCGUGAACUUUGGAAUUUUCUGCAAAGUGUGAAGAAAAACCGAUCAAUUUUUAUGUCAACUCAUUACAUGCUAGAAGCUGAAGUUGUUGCUGACAAGAUUGCAAUUUUAUGCGAAGGAGAGUUAAAAGCUUAUGGAACUCCAUUUGAACUUAAACAAAAGUUUGCAAAAACUUGUAAAUUGACAUGUGUUAAGCAAGUUUCAUGUGAUUCUCAAAUUGUAACCGAUUUUGUACAACAAUCGAUACCAAAUGUAAAAGUUGCAUGUGAAAAUGGAAUGGAAAUUUGUUAUAAAUUUGAAUGUGAUGAGGUCUCAAAAAUUCACAAUGUGCUUGAAAACUUGGAAGAUAACAUUAAAAACCUGCAUUUAGAAAGUUUUGGUAUUUCAUCGUCAUCGAUGGACGAUGUUCUUGAAAAAGUGGAUGAUAUUCUGGAUGAUCAGCAGUUAAAUCAUUGCAAAUUGAUACAAAACCAAAAUAACAACCGUAAAGUUAAUGAGCUUGCGCAAUCUUACAAAAUGUGUCAAACUUCAAACGAUUCAAAAUGUUUAUUUUUUAAACAUUUAAAGGCUUUAAUGAUUAAGAGAAUAAUCGUGACCAGAAAAAAUUUCAAACUUUAUUUUCUGCAAAUUUUUCUGCCUGUCCUUUUUGUAUUUUUUGAUAUUUAUUUUGGCUAUGAUGCAUCGAUAAUCGUCAAAACACAACCACAAUUAGAAUUGUCAAUUCAAACUUAUACAGAUUCCAGAACAUUUAUCAAAUUAGGAGACAAUGUAGAAAAAAACACCUCAUUGCACGACAUUUAUGAAUCCUACAAAUUGAUGAUAAAUAAUUUUAAGGAUAAAAAUAUAGAACUGGAAGAAAUUGAUGGAUUAAUGGAAAAUACUUUUUUAAGAAAAUCAAAGACAAAUUUGGACUUGAAUUAUCGAAAUUUAUUUGGAGUCUCAAUACAUAAAGAGAAUGUAACUGCAUGGUAUAAUAAUCAACCUUACCAUACGUUACCAAUUACACUUAAUCUUAUUCAUAAUGCAAUAUUGAAAGCUUCAUUUGGGAAUAAGUUUGGAUUAAAUGUUGGAAAUAAACCGUUGCCAUAUCGAAAUGAAACCAGGGCUGCCAAUCUUGCAUUCGUUCAUUCAAGAGUAAAUCUUCAACUUUAUCUCAUCAUUAGCUUUGCAUUGUCGGUUUCGUAUGCAAUUUUUGUAAUUGCGGUUGUGAAGGAAAGAAUAGGAAAGUCAAAAAAUAUGCAAAUCACAGUUGGAAUUCAUCCAGUAACAUAUUGGCUUUCAAUUUUCAUUUGGGAUGUUCUAGUUGUAUUGAUUAUUGCAAUAACAACAUCACUAGCAGUAGCUGGAACUUUUUCAAAUUAUGAAACCAUUGACUCGUUAAACAUAAGACUUGAAAAUUUUCUCAAAAUAUUUUUAAUGUUAAUAAUUUGUGGAAUUUCUGUUCUUCCAAUUACUUAUGCCAGCAACUUUUUAUUUGCUUCGCCGUCAUCAGGAUUUAUAAAAUUAGUUCUUAUUUAUAUCAUUCUUGGAUCGACAGUUUUUACUAUAAAAAAUGUUUUUAAAGAGUCAUUGAAAAACUUGCCAGCAAUUGAAUUUUUAUUAGGAAAGACAUUUCUGCCAGUUCCACAUUACAAUUUCUGUGAUGUUAUGAAAAAGUUUGUAGAAAUAGAUAAUGCAAAAGAAUUUUGCAAUGUUCAAUGUAAAUAUUUCGAUAUUUGUGAUGAAGAUGAACAAUGUAAAAUUGCAAAUCAAUGUUGUGAUACAAACUAUUUUACAUGGACCUCUAAAGGCGUUUUGUGGAGCAUUACAAGAUAUAUUGUUGUUAUAUUAAUCGGUUUCUAUACUUUAUUUUUGGUUGAAUCUAAAGCAACUCUGUCAAUUUUCAGAAAAUUUAAAAAAUUUGUUUCAAGAAUCCCAAUUAAAUUCCUGAACCGAUCAAACACUAGAAAAUGUUCCAUAGAAUUAAAUUCGAAUACAUUCAACAUUGAUCCUGAUGUAGAAAUUGAAAAGAGAAUGGUUCAAAAUUUUUCUGAGGAUGAUUUUAAAAAUUACAAUUUAGUAUUAAAAAAUUUAUCAAAAAAUUUUCAUUCAAAACAAGCUGUAAAGCAAAUUUGUGUCGCUGUUAAACCUGGUGAAUGUUUUGGGCUGCUAGGUGCCAAUGGUGCUGGAAAAACAACAACUUUCUCUAUGCUUACUGGAGACGUCUCAGUAUCAAGUGGUGACAUUUUCAUCCAAGGUUUGAAUCUUAAAACAAAUUUAAAACGAAUCCACAAAAUUAUUGGCUAUUGUGGACAAUUUGAUGCUCACAUUGACGAAUUGACAGGACGAGAAACUUUAACUUUUUAUGCUGAAUGUCGUGGAAUAAAUAAAAGGGAUAUCCAGAAUUGUAUAAUGCAAUUAGCGACAGAUUUUGAUUUUGUCAGCCAUUUGGAUAAACAAGUAAGAUUCUUCAGUGGCGGAAAUAAGAGAAAAUUAAGCACAGCAAUCGCAUUAAUUGGUGACCCGCAAAUAAUUUUUCUUGAUGAACCAACAUCUUUUAUGGAUCCACUCGUAAAGAAAAAAUUUUGGAAUCAAAUUGCAAAACUUCGUGAUAGCGGCAAGGCAAUAAUUUUAUCAUCGCAUAGCAUGGACGAAGUUGAAGUUUUGUGUACAAGAAUCGGAAUUAUGAUGAAUGGAGACUUAAAAUGUCUUGGAUCGCCACAAUAUUUAAAAAAUAAAUUUGGUAAAACAAUUGUCGUGACUUUAAAGUUAAAAAAGAUUGAAGUAAAUGUGGCAGCAAAGUGUGAAGUAAAGAGAUUUAUAGAUCAAGAGCUUCCUGGUGCAAUAUUAAAGGAAGAGUUUCACGACAUGUUAAUUUACCAUCUUACCUCAAAGUCGUUCAAAUGGUCAAAAAUUUUCAAAACAAUUGAAAUAGGAAAGGAAAAACUAAAAGUAAUCGAUGAUUUUGAUGUGAAUCAGAGCAACAUGAUUCAAGUGUUUUUACAAGUCACAUCAGAAAGCCAAUCAUUUUAAUAAAAAUAAAUAUUUGAUUUUGAAUUUUAAAUUUACCAAAAAUUUAAAAUUUUCUUAAAGGUCCUUAUUUCUCUUGAUUACACGACUGCAUUUAACAAUGAUUCAUUAUUUUUUGUGUGAGAAAAUAAACGUAAUAGCCAGAUAACAGUAUAUCGUUGCGCUUAUCUAUCGACACAAUAAACAAUUUUGCAAAUGUUAGUCUUCUUUCAGUCGUCGUAAUCAAAAGUCGAAAAAUGAAAUCUAUUUUUUAUUUAUUAAGUUAAUGUAAGUGCUUAUGCUCUAUUUAAAAAAUUUUAUAAUGUGAGCUUAAAUAAUAAUUAACAGUUUAGUUUAAUUAAAAAUAAGAAAACAAGUUAAGAUAAACAUAGUUGAAUACUUUUAAAAAUAAUGUUAA